AUGCGCUGGGUGUCCACCUUCUUUGCCCUGGCAUUAACAGGUGCAUUGCAAGCAAAUGCACUGGAUGCUACAAUCUUCACGUUCUCUCCCAAGACUGCAACCUCUCUAGCGGCUAGCCACCAACAACAAACAAUAUCAGAAGAUGAGGCCCGGCUUGUCUUGGAGCUUCGCAUGAAGUCCUCUGUAGCAUCAGUCCUCGGAACGGUGGAUGCGGACACCGUGAACCACUUGAAUCAGUUUGCUCAAGAUGAUCUCAGUCUCUUUGGGGGAGUCACUGGGGGGAUUGCUCUCAAGAAAAGUAUCUUUAUUCUGGAAGGGAUCGACCAGGAAGUUGCCCUAGUCAUGCAAAAAGCCCAACCAAACCAUCUUCAUAUUCCUCAAAUUUCUUCGCCCUUUGUCGGAUUUGAUCUCCUGGAAUCAUUUACCGAAAGCAGCCCCACUGCGAAAGGGGAUCGCGGACAAAUCUGUACAUACUUCAACGAUGCUAGCAGGGCUGCAUCAUCGACAUCCCAGGUAGCCAAGCCGACUUUAAUGACCUUCAUGUUCCCUCGCUAA